ACUGAUGUUGGUGAUUUCAUUGUCCAAAAUGAAAAUAAAAAGACUGUAUCGAAGACCUUGUCUGACAUAAACAAAUUUAAAAGGUUUCUUAUGUCAAAAGCUGAAUCAAAAGAAAUCCACCACAUAGAACCAACUCUUCUUGAUGAGUAUUUGGCCACUUUCCUGUUGUCCCUUAAAAAGUCAAAUGGCACAUAUUUUGAACCAAGCUCCCACCGUGGCAUCAUUGCUAGUGUUGACAGGUACCUGAAACGACAUCGCGAUGGAUGUUCAGUCAUGACAGGGACUGGAGCCCAAUUUGCACUCACAAGGGACACCUACAAUGCAAAGAAAAAAAGUCUUAAGAAACAGGGUAUGGGAAACCGUCCUAGGGAGGCCCAUCCGCUGAGUGAUACCGACAUCGAUCUGCUCUGGGAGAAGGGGAUCCUUGGCACGGAGUCUCCGAAAGCCUUGUUAAAUACAGUCUGGUUGAACAACUGCCUUCAUUUUGGCUUGCGAGGUACAACGGAGCAAUACAAUUUGCGAUAA